ACAGUUGCGCUCGGUGUGAGAGUGUGUGCGUGUGUCGUUUUUUAAAGCGGUAAACUGCUGUGCUGAAGGAGAGGACAUUUUAUUUUCAUCAACUCUUAUUCAACUCUUAUUUUAAAUAUGGAAACCAGCGUGUAAUUUCUUUUGUAUUUUAUGGAAUAUUAAAAUGAACGAGGCACGCAGAAAACUAUCGACACAGACAUCAGUUCCUGACAGAAAAUAAUGUCCAUAGACGGUGGCGUAUUAAGCAUUGAGUCAUCUCGCGUGGACGUCCACAAAGCAGCGCGUCAAUUCAACGCUAUUUUGAGGUGUUUCCUUCGCAACGGCUGCGCAGCCUGUCAUUCUGAGACGUAUAAUGACUAUGUCAGUCCCGGAGAGAAACUCUGGAUCUGAGGAGAAGGAAGAGGAGAGCGAGGAUGAGAGUGAAAUCGUGGAGGAGAGUCCGUGUGGACGCUGGCAGAAGCGAAAAGAGCAGGUGAGUCAGGGGAAUGUUCCUGGAGUGGAGAGCGCCUCUCUGGCCAUGGACACUGAAGAGGGUGUUGAGGUGGUCUGGAACGAAGUUCUCUUCCAUGACAAGAAGGUCUUUAAGACAGUGGAGGACAAAAUGAAGGAGAUGUUUGAGAACCUGAUGCAGGUGGAUCAUCCUAACAUCGUCAAAUUUCACAAAUACUGGUUGGACAUUGGGGACAAUCAUGCUCGGGUUGUGUUCAUCACAGAGUACAUGUCGUCUGGCAGCCUGAAACAGUUCCUUAAAAAGACCAAGAAAAACCACAAGACCAUGAAUGUCAAGGCCUGGAAACGCUGGUGUACACAGAUUCUCUCUGCCCUCAGUUACCUGCACUCCUGUGACCCUCCCAUAAUUCACGGCAACCUCACAUGUGACACCAUCUUCAUUCAGCACAACGGCCUCAUUAAAAUUGGAUCAGUUUGGCACAGACUCUUUGUGAAUGUGUUCCCAGAAGGGGGCGUCCGUGGUAAAAUACUCCAAAACCGAGAUGACAAGAGGAACCUGCACUUCUUCAGUCCAGAGUACGGCUCAUGUGAAGAUGACUACACCAUUGACAUCUUUUCCUUUGGGAUUUGCGCUUUGGAGAUGGCUGUGUUGGAGAUCCAGGCCAAUGGGGAUUCUGUCGUGUCCAAGGAGGCCAUAACCAAUGCGGGCCAAUCCUUAGAAGACCCCCUUAUGAGGGAGUUCACCCAGUCGUGUGUGCGCCACAACCCCAGACUCCGCCCAACGGCACAUGACCUGCUGUUUCACCGCGUGCUGUUUGAAGUGCACUCGCUGAAGCUGCUCGCAGCACACUGCCUCAUCAAUAACCAGUACAUGCUUUCAGAAAACUGUGUGGAGGAGAAGACCAAAUCAUUCGACCCAAAUGGAGUCAUGGCAGAGAUUAUUCACAAAGAUGACCGUCCCCGCGUUCAGCUCAAGUAUUCUCAUGUUUCUCCUCUAGAGCUGGACAAGUUUCUGGAGGAUGUGAAGAAUGGCAUUUACCCGCUGAUGAACUUUGCGUCCACUCGACCCCAUCCUGUACCUCGCGCCCUCUCCAUGUCCCAAGAACAGGUGGAGACAGUGAAGACCCCCACGCCUGAGCCACAAGAGGGAGAAACCAGGAAGGUGGUACAGAUGCAUUGUAACCUGGAGUCUAAUGAAGACACUACUAAAACUCAUCUCACUCUUUUCUUGAAGAUGGAUGAUAAACUCCAUCGGCAGCUCAGCUGUGAUAUUAUGCCAAGUGACAGUUCCAGGGAUUUGGUCAAUGAACUUAUCCAUCAUUCCUUCAUCAAUGAGGAGGAUGGUGACAGGAUAGUGGCGUUCUUGGAGGACGCUUUGAACCGACACCGUGGGUCCGCUAGUGCCAUAACAACGAUAUGAAUGACAAUGCUCUGUUGCCAUGGUGACAGACAUUUACAUGCCAGUGGAACCUGAGAGGGAGGCCCGCCAAUAGAUUGGAGAAGGACAGCGAAUGAUCCAGUUUGUCAGUUAGUAUGGAUAGUUGAAAUUGAGACUGUGGUCGAUGGCAGAGCAUGGCAUAUUGGUUUCUAUGAUAAGAUGUGAUUGACCAGGUUAGGGGGGCACCAGAAAUGCCCAUCUAAGAUGAUUGUGCUUACCUCCCUGAGUCUCCGUCCAGCACUUCCAGGUGUCACUGUAGGAACCGUCCUUCCCACAAUCCCAUGGGUGGCUUAAGGGCAAUUCUGCCUCUCUUGAAGAGAACGGCGUGUGGUGUAGGAGGUGUCUGCUGUGGAGAGCUCAAUAGAUGAUUAUAAAAAAAAAUCCCUUUAGAAAAAAAAAAUUAUUAAUGUUCAAAAUUGCCAAUCUAAUUCAUUUUGCAGCUUAAACAUGAUUCUACGGAAAAACAUACUCUACGCAGGUACGCUAGUGCGGAUGCCAACACAUUGGAAGUGCACAGUGUGGUUCAACAUGAUGUCAUGAAAAAGCGGUGGUGAUUUCGUACAAUGUGAUAAGUACUGAAACGUACAAUUUUUAGAAGAAGUAAGCCAGAUUGUCCACCCCUAACCUAACCGUUAUUGGGGUAUAAACGGAUGGCAUGUGUAGCCUGUUUUGGUUUCAUUUUCUCUGUGUUCUGUUCCUGUUUUUGAUGCUUGAUUUCCUUGAUAUUUUUACUGCUUGUUCAUUAGCUAAUUAUCCCACACCUGUUUCUGUUCUUCCAGUUAGCAUUCUCCUUAGUUCUUGUUCAGUAAUGUUUGUAUCUUAGUGGUUGUUUAAAAGUGAAUCUUUUUAUAUGACUUUCUUCUUUCAGUCAAACACAAUCGGAGUUGUAUUAAAAAAAUAUCCUGGCUCUUCCAAGCUUUAUAAUGUGAGUGAAUAGUAGCUGAGAUUUUGAAGCCCCAAAAAAGUGCAUACAUCCAUCGUAAAAGUAAUCCAUACGGUUCCAGGAGGUUAAUAAAGGCCUUCUGAAGCGAAGCAAUGUAUUUUUGUGAGAAAAAUAUCCAUAUUUAUAACUAUAACUAUCCCUCUUGUAGCUUCUCUACAACCUGCCAUUACAAUGGAUGGUACAAAUAAGCUCAAACAUAUUCAUACGAAUUAACCACCAAUUCGUCAAAACGUAAAAUAGUUACGAAUUGCCAUAAGAGUGUUGGUCCCGUUGUACAUACUUAUCGUGCGUUCUUGCAUUACUGUGGUAUUAUUAACAAACCUUACAUUAGUACUCGAGGGUGUGAGAGUUAGGGGCCGUUCACAUAUCGCGUCUAAAAACGCGUGGAAAGCGCAGCCGCGCCGCUUUCUCCUUCUUUCCAAAGCGCUUGCGCUCCCGUGGCGUCUGUCGUUGCUAUGCAAACAUGAAUCGCGCUCUCCAUGAGGACGAGGAAGUUUCAGCAAAGGAUAAAUUGAUUUCUAGCCCUUGCAUUAGCUUUACUACUAGAUAUAUUUAUGGAGAUGAGAUAUAAAAACCACGCUGUACAGCUAUGAUCAGCUGUUCGGCUGAACUUUCGAUGUUUUGUCAUGGAAAGGCCGAAGCUGAUCGGUUGGUUCUUGUCACAUGACCUGCGGUGCGCUUGCAGCAUUCUGAAAAGUUGAGAAUUUUUCAUCUCGAUGCGCCUGGAAAACGCACCGCAUGCGCGUCGCUUCCAUUAUGAGCGCGUUUCUUUUGAAAUAAUGAAUUUGAGCACGUAACAGACGCGAUAUGUGAACGGCCCCUUACGCUAUCUAUGCCAUUAAACCAUGAUUUGUUGUUAUUCAGGAAGCUAGCUAUAAAAAUCAAACGUUUAACUAACUUGCUUAACAAUAUUCUCUUCAAACUGAUAUUCUGCCUUCACGUACUAUCGGAAAUGUGAUAAUUCCCACUUCUGAACUCAUGAUUACGAGCUCAUCGAAAUGGGAGGACGUUCAUGUGCAAUUUUUACCUAGGAAACUCGUAUUUACGAUAAUUUCGGAGAUCACGUGAAGGCAGCAUUAGUCUGCCAUAAACGCCUGCUACACAUAGUGACAACGCUAUAAGAAUGCAAUGUUUGUUUGUGUUGCACUAUGAAUUACGUUUGAACAUGUUUUUAAGCAUAGCUGGAAGCAUUUACAUUGACUUACUUGCAUAGAUGAUGUUACUGUCCUCCUGAGAAAAUAAUAAACAGCAUUAAUAUGGCAUCAUUGUUCUGAAGGGUCAGCUAGGGUGUAUUUUCUGUGGAGUUACCUGUAAUUUUUUUAGUUUUGUCAGUUUUCUCAAAAUGCUAUGUAUCCAAAUGUACUGCUUUAACUCAUGUGGUUAAUGCCAAUCAAAUGAAUAUGAUUGUUUAUUCUCUCUGCAGUCUACACAUUGCCCUGUCAGCUAUCACGAGAAUGUCUUAAUAUGCAGUUGGACUGUUUUGCAAGGAGCAUAUACAGGAAUGUAUUGCCUUAUAUAUAGACCUUGUUGUUGUCUAAUAACAAUUGAAAAUAAUUAAAAAAACACACAUUUUAUACAGAAUCACACAUGUAAGAAACCUGAUGGAUCCUGGUUAGUCAACCAGCUAACCAACUGUCAGACUACAUGGUUUUGGUGAUGACUUUUGUGGAAUGCAUCAAGAUGUACAUUUCUGUGGGAAAAACUAUGAGAAGUUCUUUGUCAUGAGCAUUUACUUAACUGAAUAAAGACUAUGAAAUUAAUGACUGAUUGAUUGAUUUUCUCAAUGGUCUUGACCUGUGAUGUGAACCUUUAUAACUACAAAUGUAGCCUGCUUUAUGUUCUCAUAAAAAUAUGCCUAAUAAUUAAGGGGCCGUUCACACAGAACGCGUUUUUCUGUUCCAAUGCGCUACUUUCCCAUUGUUUUUCUAUGUAAACGCGCUUGAUGGACGUGCAUGACCGUUACGCUCGCGUCUCGCGUCUUUUGCAGCGCCUCGCACAUGAGCGCCGCGUUUUUAAGACGCCGUGUCAAGUUAAAAGAAUUUCAACUUUUGCACGCAGCGCCGCUCAUCAAUGUCAGUUCCAAAACAGUGGACCAAUCAGAAGAACUCGGAGGCGGGGCAAGCGUUGCGAGCUUCUGUUUACAGUAGCAAGUUGGCAUGACAACUGUUUUAUUUGACGGAAACAUGGCGGAGGAGGCGCUCAUUAUUAUCUUAUUUUCUUUUUUUCCAUGUCAAAACUCGUUUCUAUCAAUUCUGCUGUUUGCCUAUUUCUAUUAUUUCCGUUAUUGUCGUUAUUGCAUCACGCCUCAAAAGCGCGUCUCGCGUUUUUAGACGCAAAGACGCGUUCUGUGUGAACGGCCCCUAAUACUCUGCUUCUCUGCAAAUAUUUAAUUAACAUAAUAUUAAUUUCUUGCUAGAAUUUACAUCAGAAGUGGAAAAAGGUCAAAAAUGUACGCUACAUUUACACAAACUGACCAGAAACCGUAACUUUCCGACGCCAUCUUUCUUUUUCUAGAUCAACUGUCACAGAAUGGAAAGCAGAGGAUUGUGGGAUAUCAAAUGCAGCGAAGGAUACAUCUAUCCCGCCUUCAAAAAUCGAUCAGAUGAAGGUAUUUCAGGAGACAGGAAGUGAAGCUAACAUUGGAUUUGGACGUGCCUCGAUGCCUUCCUACCUUGGAAUGGCAGCAUUUUAAAGUUUUCGGAUGCAACCAUGGUCAAGAUGACUUCAAACUGAGCAUCAGAAUUAAGAAGAAAGGUGAUUUAAGUGACUUUGAAUGUGGCAUGGUUGUUGAUGCCAGACGUGCUGGUCUGAGUGUUUCAGAAACUGCUGAUCUACUGGGCGUUUCACGCACAACCAUCUCUAGGGUUUACAGAGAAUGGUUUGAAGAAGAGAAAAUAUCCAGUGAGUGGCACUUCUGUGGGUGAAAAUGCCUUGUUGAUGACAGAGGUCAGAGGAGAAUGACCAGACUGGUUUGAGCUGAUAGAAAGGCAACAGCAACUCAAAUAAACACCAAGGUCUGCAGAAGAGCAUCUCUGAACACACAACACGUCCUUAGAGCAGAUGAGCUACAGCAGCACCGUCCACUCCUGGAAACUGAGGCUACAAUUCACAUGGGCUCACCAAAAUUAGACAAUACAAGAUUGGAAAAACGUCUGAUGAGUCUGAUUUCAGCUGCGUCAUUCAGAUGGUAGGGUCAGGAUUUGGUGUAAACAACCUGAAAGCAUAGAUCCUUCUUGCCUCUUAUCAACAGUUCAGUCUGCUGGUGGUGUAAUGGUGUGAGGGAUGUUUUCUUGGCACACUUUGUGCCCCUUAGUAUCAAUCGAGCAUCGUUUAAACACCACGGUCUACCUGAGUAUUGUUGCUGACCAUCCAUCCCUUAAUGAGCACAGUGUACACAUCUUCUGAUGGAUACUUCCAGCAGGAUAAUGCAGCAUGUCACAAAGCUCAAAUCAUCUCAAACUGGUUUCUUGAACAUGACACACCUGCAGUUGAUCCCCGCAGUUUCUUGAAGAAGGUUUUUGUACGGCUCUUUAUCACUGUGUGUAUCUAUAACCACCUAAGUCACCGAAGCAAUAAUAAUCUCCUGUAUCUUCAGCUUGGACUCCACUGAUGGUCAGCUGGAAAUUUUUACCGGAUCCCCUUCCACUAAAUCGAGAUGGGGUAGAGGAAUAUCGGACAUCUCCUCCAUAGAUGAGGGGUUUAGGAGCUUCUCCCGAUUUCUUGAGUCAGAUUGAAGUCAGUGUGAGCGCCAUUGCCGCUGAAUCUAGAUGGGACAUUUGUGUGACGUUCGCGUAUGAAAUAAAUGAGGAGUUUGGGAGCAUGUCCAGGUUUGUGCUGGUACCAGGACACACAGUUCCUCCAGAGACUACAGUCAGCAACAGUGUGAAUGGGCGUUUACACAUGAUGGGCUCACAUGAAGCCAGGCAAUCCUGAUGCUUCCCAGUAGGUCCUGCUCUCUCCUGGGAAUGAAGCCAUAUCUGAGUCCCCUAUGACAGGUUCAUUGUGACAACAUGCCCCAGUAGCAAUCAAUGACAUGUAAUGGUGUUGUGAAUUAAGACUCACAAAACACGUUCACAUCAUUUUUGCUGGGAUUCACCAGUGUUAGUGGAACAAUACAAGGAUAGACAUGAAACCGCUCCUUGUCACAGUUCCCGUCUGUCCCAGGACUCCAUCUCCCAUCAUCCUCCCUGUUCCACACCUGCACUCACUUCCUCGUCAACUCCCCAUCAUCACGGAUUACCUGCACCUGCUCUUGAUCAUCUGCACUCCCUUUAUAUGGACUCACUUCCCAGCACUCCUUUGUUUGCUUUAUGUUUGGUUGUUCUGUUCCCUUGCUAAAUAAACCCAUCAUUGCUGAA